ACUGAGCAGUUACCACGCGCCGUCCGCCAGUGCCCGCCGCGCGGUGGCCGCCUGUGGACACGAGUUAUUCCGCGGUAGUUGACGCACGAUGAUGCACCGGUCAGCAAUGCCGGCGUUCCGCCCUGGUGCCGUGUGGAGCAGUGUGUCCGAGUGUGCACGCGGCGAGAGCGGCCGUCGCGUGGGCAAGGUGUUGCUGGGCGCCGCCCUGCUCGGCAUCGGCCUCAAAGUGUACGGCCGCUACAGGCGCUACCAGCGCCGGCAGCGCUGGAACCAGGCCGGGAAGGACGUGGUGGUGCUGCACCAGUUCGAACGUGGCACCAACUGUCCCAACCUAUCACCGUUCGCGCUCAAGCUGGAGACGUUCCUGCGCAUGGCGGGCAUCAAGUACGUGGUGGACACGGAAGAGCCACAGGGGUCACGUAAUAAGUGUCCUUGGAUCACCUUCAACGGACAGGAGCUGUCCGACUCGGAGCUUAUCAUCGAUGUUUUGACGCAACACUUCGGGAAGCCGUUGAAGGAGAAGCUCACGCCAGCAGAGCAUGCCGUGGGGCGUGCCGUUCAGGUGAUGCUCGACGAGCACACUGCCUUGGCUGUGUUCUACAAGCGCUACGUCCUCGACCGUGGCUGUUACAUGGUAAAAUGCGUCCCCAAGAAGUAUCGAGCUCUGCUUGUUAUCUUAACCCUCUUCUUCUUCUCGGCGAUGAAGAAAUUUUUUUAUACUGUGGGCAUGGGCCGCUUCAGCGAGGAGGAGACAAUGUUUUUCCUGCGUCGCGAGCUGCGGGCGCUGGAAGAUGUGCUGGGCGAUAAGCCGUUCCUGCUGGACAGCACGCCGACCACGUACGACGCGGCUGUGUUCGCCCAGCUGACCCAAGUCAUCUACGCCUGUGCGCCGGAGGUCGAGCGCUACGUGCGUAGCAGCCACGGCGCUCUCAUUCAGUACCACGAGCGUAUGAAGGACAAGUACUGGCCCGACUGGGAGCAGUGCCGAGCCGAGUAGGCGGUCCGUCGCAGCACUGCCUUAGCGGUCGUCUUCUCAUGGGCCUUAAGCCUUAGAGUCUUAGCUCGUUCUGGGGACGUUAAUUCCAAGCAAGCGCACUUGAAUGCAUCAUGGUCAGUUGGAUAGUGCGCAGUAUUCGUACAGCUGGGAAAAGUGCUUGUGACCAGGUUGUUACAUGAAUGAUGAAUAAGAUAUGAAAGGCGGGACCACAUGAUAUCAUGCUGACAGGAAACUGAAUCACUAUAGUGUACGUGAUACUCAGCGUUUUGUGACCAAGUGUUUCUUAGUUCUCAGGCCAACCCUCUCAACCCACUGCAAAAAGACAAAGAGCAAGACGAGAUAAAC